UAAGCCUUCUGUCUGUUCAACUCAGUUUGAUCCUCUUCUAAAACAGUAUCGUCCUUUAGCUUACUCCAGAACACAAUCACAAACACUUCCACUUUCUCCUACGUUUUCAACAUGGAAAAUUUGUUUCGGCUUGUUGAUCAUGAAGAUUUCUUCUCUCGUAGAUGCAUUUGGGUUAAUGGUCCGGUCAUAGUUGGUGCUGGACCAUCUGGGCUAGCCACAGCUGCUUGCCUUAGAGACCUGGGGGUGCCCUUUGUUGUCCUUGAAAGAGCAGACUGCAUAGCUUCUUUGUGGCAGAAACGCACCUAUGAUAGGCUUAAGCUUCACCUUCCUAAACAAUUCUGCCAACUUCCUAAACUACCAUUCCCUGAAGACUUCCCUGAGUAUCCCACAAAGAAACAGUUCAUUCAGUAUCUUGAAUCAUAUGCAAAUCAUUUCGAGAUCAACCCAAAAUUCAAUGAGUGUGUGCAAUCGGCUAGAUAUGAUGAGACCAGUGGCUUCUGGCGGGUCAAAACCGUAUCCACAGGUGGCUCAACCAGAACUGAGGUUGAGUACAUUUGCAGGUGGCUUGUGGUGGCUACAGGCGAAAAUGCUGAGAGUGUUACGCCAGAUAUUGAAGGAUUGGCUAACUUUGGUGGCGAAGUUAUUCACGCUUGUGAUUACAAAUCCGGCGAAAAAUUUAAGGGAAAGAACGUGCUAGUUGUCGGUUGUGGCAAUUCUGGCAUGGAACUUUCUCUUGAUCUAUGCAACCACAAUGCCACACCAUCAAUAGUUGUUCGUAGCUCCGUAAGUGUCUUUACAGUACUUGUGUUAAAUCUUGGCAAAUAUGAAUACAAAGAUAAGAUUCUAAUGGAGUUUGCUCUGGUUGUGGUUUAGGUACAUGUCUUGCCAAGAGAAAUUUUCGGGAAAUCAACAUUUGAAUUGGCAGUCUUGAUGAUGAGAUGGCUCCCUCUUUGGCUUGUUGACAAGCUUUUGUUGAUUUUUGCUUGGUUUGUGCUGGGAAACAUUGAGAAAUAUGGGCUAAAGCGGCCAUCCAUGGGUCCACUACAGCUGAAGAACACUAAGGGAAAGACCCCUGUACUGGAUAUUGGUGCACUAGAGAAAAUCAGAUCCGGUGAAAUCAAGGUAGUUCCUGGAAUCAAGAGGUUUUCAUGUGAUCAAGUUGAACUUGUUAAUGGUGACAAGCUUGAUGUUGAUUCAGUUGUUCUAGCCACCGGAUACCGCAGCAAUGUUCCUUCUUGGCUUCAGGAAACCGAUUUCUUCUCAAAGAAUGGAUUCCCAAAAGCACCAUUCCCAAGUGGGUGGAAAGGAAAUGCAGGUCUCUAUGCAGUCGGGCUCACAAGGAGAGGGCUCUCUGGUGCAUCCUCUGAUGCCGUCAGAAUAGCACAAGACAUUGGCAAGGUCUGGAAACAAGAAACUAAACAACAGAAAAAGAAAACCAUCGCUUGCCAUAGACGAUGCAUUUCACAGUUCUAGUUGUAAAUCAUAGCUUGCAGAACAGCUAGGAUUUUACU